AUGAAAAGAUACUUUUUAAGAGAUUUUGUUCCCAAAGUUACAAAAUUCUUGUGGGACAAGAAGAUGGAAAUUUAUGUCAUGCGUAUGCAAGUGUGUUUCUUAAUUAUUAAGGUAUUAAGAAGAUGUGAUAAAAGACAAUUAGAUGCUCAACUCUCUAAAAUGGUAUUGGAUGUAUUAGGAAAAUUGAAGAGCAAAGAUGAAGAACAACAAAAUGUUGCUGGAAAGGCGCUCAUUGACAUGUUCAAAGAGUUGGGAUCUACGUAUUUUAAUUUCAUGUUAGAAAAGAUGAAGUCAGUUCUCUCUGAAGAAGGUUAUCAAACGGAUACAUUGUAUAUUGUCUUGGAAAGUUUAUUGAAAGUGAUGGCACAUCAAGCAACUUUGAAUACUACUACUACUACUACUGCUACUACUGCUAUUACUGCUACUACUGCUAUUACUACUACUUCUGCAGCUACUCAGAGUGAUUCGACGACAAGUGUAUCCGGAGUGAGUCACUCCAUCUCUACUCACAACACUCACCCCACUUCAAUUUUCAUUACACAAGCAGUACACAAUGUCGAUAUCAUUUUAUUGAGUGAAAUUACCUAUCCACCUCUGAAAACUUACAAGAAACGAAAAGUCUCUCGAUUUGAUACUGAAAAACUCGAAGAAAUGGAACAAAGCCAAUCAACAGAACAAGAACAUUCAAAACAUUUCAAAUCCAAACAUCAAAAUACUCUCUUCAAUUGCUUUGAAUUACUUGGUUCUAUUAUUGAUAUCAAACGUAGUCUCAGUACCAUCAUUGAAGAUAUUCAUUUCAAACUCAAACGUGUUCAUAAUGCAGAGAUUUUAAAGAGAUUUGAAUUUGUAUUGAAAUUCCUUCUCAAAGGUAUUAUGAGAAAUCGAUCAUUGAAAGAUUCUGUGAAUAUCAACAAUAACAACAAUGGCACUCCAACCAAUGCCAUUGAUUGUAUCAUUCAAGCAUUGAAUCAAUAUCGUCUCUAUAAGAAGACUUUCAAAUCCUUAACAGACAAUGAUCGAUAUCACUCUGUGAAAAUGUCCAAAAAUAGACUUGAAGAGAAUUUCCUUGUUCAAAAAGAGCCAGGACGACAAGGUGCCAUUGACCAAUCCGAUGAUAUGAAAAUGAGAUUAUUAGCUGGUCUCAUUGAUAAUUCUCAUAUUAUUGUUCAAUUCUAUUUGAAAUUCUUUGAAAAGUGUAUGAAAACAGGAAAGAUUCAUUUAGAACAACACAUUCCAGCCAUUGAUAGCAUCAUUCCAUUGCUCAUCAAAUAUGUGAGUGGAAAUCAUUUGUCAGUUGCAUUGGUUGCAUUUAGAAUAUUAAUAGAAUGUGCUAAAAGACUUCCAAAAGCAUUUAAAUCUUUGAAUGAAAACAAACAAAUGCUAUUGGAUGCAACCUUUGAUAUUUUAACCAAUUCAGGAAUUGACUCUACUAAUACAGAGACAUGGGAAACUAUUUUCACUGGAUUGAGAUACUUUUUACAAAGUGAUGUUUCACAAAAAUUCCCAUUAACAAGUGGACAAUUAGAUAUUUUACUAGACAUGUUGAAAAUUGAAAUCUCUUCAACAAGAAAAACCUAUUCCAUUCAAACAUUCCAAGUUCUCAAGACAUUGAUUGAUCGAAAGAUUCAAUCUCCUCAAAUUUAUGAUUUAAUGGACAAGUCUAAAACUAUUCUCUUGACUACAUUGAAUGUUGAAAUUCGAACUCUUAUUGUUGAAAUGUUAGUCAACUUUUAUUUGAACUAUCCAUUCACAAAUGAAGUGUUGCAAGAGAAACUUAAUUAUCUCUUUAAGAAUGUAUUGAAUGAACACAUGGCUCAGGAAUCUAAAUCAGCCAUUUUGAGUGUUAUUCAAACCAUUGUUAAGAAAUUCCCAAAUUCAUUUUUAAAUGACAAGACUGAACUUGUUUAUUAUCCUCUAAUUUUAGAAUUAGAAAAACAAUGUAAGAAGAGAGGUAUUGCUGGUGAAAAUCAAUCCAUUUCACAAAUUAUUCAACAGUUGCGAGACAUUCUUCAACAUUUUGUCAAAGUAUUGAAUGAUGAAAACUUUUCAAGAAUUAUUUCAACAACGGUUACAUGGCUCACUUCACAAGACAAGUUGAAAGGUGUUGCAUUGAAUUCCAUUCUAGUACUUUCUCAAGUGAGCAAUGGAACUCGAUUGAAAUCGAAAAGUGAAUUUUAUGAGAGCAUGUUACCAGAAAUUACGCACGUGAUUGAACACUAUGAACAUUUCAUUGAAAAACACUCUUCUCUCUUGUUGGAAUGUUUGGAAUGUAUUUAUAGUUUGUUCAAUCAUGGUAUCAUUGGAAUGACUCAAUUAGAUGAAAUGUAUGAAUUUUUAUUGAAUUUAACUUGCAAUGAUCAUGAAGCAAUGAAGAAUGAAGUGAGAAUUGAAUCUCUCAAAAUAUUUGAAUUAUAUGUAUCCAAGAAGAAGAAGAAAUUGAGAGAAUCAAAGAUUUUGAAUGAUAUUCACUCUCUUGAAAAGAUUAUUUUUAAUAUUUGUAAUUUAUUUAGAGCGAGAUUUAUUUGUGAUGAUUCUGGUGUGUUAGUGAUUGUGAAAGUAUUUAUUUAUAUUUUUGGAUUGUUAUUGCAAAUGGUUGAUGGAAAUGCCAAUUCCACUACUACUACUAUUGCUACUACUAUUGCUACGACUACUACUACUACUGCUACUAUUGCUAUGAUCAAUACUGAGAACAACUCUAAUAACUCUCGUAUUUCCAAUGCUGGUAAGAAUUUGAGUAAUCACUCCAAAGAUAUUCUUCAUCGUGUAUUCAAACUCUUGAAAAAGAUUUCCAAUCAAUCUGAAGAUUAUGACACGAAUGAAACCAUGACAUUUAGAAGACAUACUCUAUUGAAAUUAUUCGUUGGAUUGUGUGCUAAAUAUCAUGAUCGAAUGCAACCCUAUCUCAUUUACAUGACACCUCUCUUGUAUCGAUGUACUGAAUUUCCAAAUAGAGACAAAGCAGUCGUGACUGAGGAAUUGGAAAAGUUUGCUAAAGAAUGUAAACAAUUAAUGAUUCAACAUACAACCAACACGGCAACCAAUACGGCAACAUACGAUGCAUCAUCGUCUUCCACAACCAAUACAGCAUUCAUGCAAGCCUAUGAACAAGGUAGAAAAGAAGUAGAACAAAAGAGUGCAAAAAAGACAACUCGUCGUGAACAACAAGUACUCAUUUCACCUACUCAAUUCGCCAAAAAGAGAUUGGAAAGUAAUUUGAAAAAGAAUUUGGCAAAGAAGAGAAAAUUGAAAGAACAAUCUCAAGAAGCAACCGUUCAAGUUAAUGCCACGAGUGGACAAGUCAAAAAGAAGAAGAUGAAAUAA